AUGCGAAAGACGAACUUACCACUCCGAAUCGGCGGCGGAAACGCAGCGGGAGCUAGAAUGUCAGCCACGGCUGCCGGAAGCUACGCGAUGGCUCUCGCGGACGUCGCGAAGAGGAACGACACGCUCGAAUUGACGAGCGCAGACGUCGAGAAGCUCGAGAAGGUAUUCUCAGAUCCACAGGUGCUCAAUUUCUUCGCGAACCCGACCGUCACCGUCGAGAAAAAGCGCCUCGUGAUCGACGACAUCGUGAAAACCUCCUCCCUCCAGAGCCACACGUCGAAUUUCCUCAACGUCCUGAUCGAUGCGAAGCGGAUCGACAUAGUGACGGAGAUCGUGAAAGAGUUCGAGAUAGUGUACAACAAGAUAACGGACACGCAAUUGGCGGAGGUUAGAUCGGUGGUGCAGCUGGAGGCGCCGCAGCUCGCUCAGAUCGCGAAACAGGUCCAGAAGCUGACCAAGGCGAAGAACGUGAGGGUGAAGACGGUGAUUGAUCCGAGUCUCGUCGCUGGGUUUACGAUUAGGUAUGGAGAAUCUGGGUCGAAGCUUAUUGAUAUGAGUGUGAAGAAGCAGCUUGAAGAUAUCGCUGCUCAGCUAGAACUCGGCGAGAUUCAAUUAGCUACUUGA